CUGGCUUCACGCAGUGCUGUGCAAGUGAGGAGAGCAGUGACUGUGUUCAUUUCAUUUGGCCGAGUUCUGCAUGUUGUGAAAUGCCAGAUUUUUUUGAACAGUUUAUAUCGUGAAGAGACGUAUUUGUUUCAUUAGUAGUGUUAUUACUGACCACCUCAACGCAGCGAUAACCAAACCUGUGUGGAGGUAUGAGUAUUCUGCGCUUGUUCUCAGUCACUAUGGGGAGGAUCAGCACCUUCAGGUCCUAUCAGAUUGUGCUGCUGCUGGCUGCAGCUAUGGCUGUGAUGGCAUUCUACUACUUUGGCUCAGAAAAGCAAAACUUCUCCAGCACCACGAAGCGAAUAAAGCAGACCCAAGCAAGUCACAACUCCAACCGCAAUGAUGCUGACCUCUCUGUGGACACCCGGUCCGUACAUCAUGAGGAAAAGGCUGGGAUCAGGCACGAACAAGAUGGACUUGAGAAGAGGCCAGGCGAGAAGCAGCACUAUCACGCCCUCAUGAUGUUCACCAAGAUCGACAGGAGCAUGAAUCUGCAGAGCAAGUUCGAGGUGGCCAUGCGCUCCAUGGCGAAACAUGGACGCUUCUUGGAGGAUGAAGUGCUGGUUCUCCAUUAUGUCUCUGACGCAGCCAGCAAGGAGUUGGGCAUGAGGAUGCUGCCUGAGCUGCUCAUGGAAGCAACCUUUCAGUAUGAGGUGGUGUUUCAUGAUGUUGGUGAUUUGACGGAGAAGCUGUUCCCCAUCGUAGAGGCCAUGCAGAAGCACUUCAGUGCAGGCUCUGGGGCCUACUACAGUGAUGCCAUCUUCUUCCUUUCAGUGGCCAUGCAUCGUAUCAUGCCUGCAGAGAUGAAGUGUAUUGUGCAGUUGGACCUGGAUCUCAAGUACAAGAGUAACAUUCGAGACCUCUUUCAAGAGUUUAGACACUUCCCUCCUGAAGCAGUCAUCGGAAUUGUCCGAGAGAUGCAGCCAGUGUACAGGCACACCUUCUGGCAGUACCGCAAAGAGAACCCCAAGUCCCGUGUGGGUGAGCCCCCUCCAAAUGGCCUGCCGGGCUUCAACAGUGGGGUGAUGCUGCUGAACCUGGAGGCUAUGAGGCACUCAGCCCUGUACAACAAGCUUCUGGAACCUGAACGAGUGGCCCAUCUGGCUGAACAGUACCACUUCAGGGGCCACCUUGGAGACCAAGACUUCUUUACCAUGAUAGGUAUGGAACAUCCAGAGCUGUUCUACCAGCUGGCCUGUGGCUGGAACAGGCAGCUGUGCACCUGGUGGAGGGAUCACGGCUAUGGUGAUGUCUUCCAGCUCUACUACCAAUGCGAUGGACCAGUUUACAUUUACCAUGGAAACUGCAACACUGCUAUACCUGAUGACUGAGUGCGACAACAUGUUUAUAUACCUCAAAGUUUAUAUCAUCUCUUGCUAAUGCAGCAUUGUGCAGUGGGCCUUGACCAGUGAGUAGUGAGCACAUGUGCUAAAGGUUUAAAUUAGGUGGAUCUAGGAUCCAGAGGGGAUUUAAUGAGGAUCUCUACUAUGAGAAAACACUUGGUAUACUUGUACUAUUAUACUGUUUAUUCACUUUGCAUCAGAUGUUAUCAUAUGUUUAGCCCAAAUAUCAUAUUUUUCAGUAGCUGCUACACCAUAUUCUCUGUGAUCAUCACUUUUCUUUAGUAUUCUCUACAUGACAGCUUUUUCUACCUUUUGCGAUCAUCCGUUUGCUUUUAUCAAAACUUUGUAAUGACUUCCAGUCAACAGAGCUACUCCUCUGCACUUCCGCAUGCAAAUGAGGUAACAUUGCUUUUAUUUUGAGCUCAUUGAAGAUGCACCAUGCUGAGGCAUCUGAUCCAGCUGCUCUUUAUUAAGCCUGUGAUUAGUUGUUUUCAAACAGCGGGGUGAAGAGCAAUCAGCAUUUUUUCUCCGCCGCCCCAUAACGCUGUGUUCUCCUGUUUACCAAUAGAGGCCUGUGCUGUGGCGUGUCAUGCUUACUCUGGUUCCUCCAUGCAGGCUAGUGAAGCCAGAAAGAGUGGAGAGUGCUGGCACACAUAAUCUCCUUGUUUCUCUGCCUUUCAUCUGUGCAGAUAGCAAUACAAUAGCCCCCCAAGCCAUCCCUUCAGAGCAAGCAGCUGAUGUGUCCAGUUUAAGAAGGCCCAACCACGUGGGAGUAUUUAUGCAGUGAUGAUGCGAGGGGAAAAGCAUGCUGACCCACUUUUCCAAGUUUUGCACACCGUGCUUAGAAACCUGACAGUCUCCAAGCUCUCUUGGCACUGCGCAAGUUCAUGACUGCUGAUGAGAAUUAGGUUACUCUGGUUUGUGCAUCAUCACAAAUAAGUGGAACAGAGAAGCCAAAACAUCUUUAACAUUCGACAGGCAGACCUUUCUCACUGUCUAGCCUCUGCGAGAUUCCAGGAAAGCAGCAUUGUUAGUGAGGUGCACGGAUAUGCCACAGAGGUGGGAAAUGGGAUUCCAGAUAUUCCAACAGGAUUAACCUCCACUCUGUGCAAGGAGCGGGCAGCCUGCUAGACGUUGUCCUUGGCUGGCAUUUAUCAAGUAAGGCUCCUUUUGGCAAGCCUCCCCCAGACUCUAUGCAAGUAUGCAAUAAUCUGCGCAGCGUCAGAUCAAUGGUGCUGAGAACCAGGCAGUUAUCUUGCCUUUAAAGUCCUUUGUGAUGAGUUCUCUCAUGUUUUGCCAACAAGUCAUGAGACGCAUUCCUGGUGGUUCUGUGUAACUUCUCGGAUAUUGUGAAGUUUUCUGAGUUGAAACUAAGCCACGUGACGCAACAGCACCAACAAAUCAAUCUCACAUCAAGUCAUAACUUUGAGAGCUUGAGUCAAGGACAGAGUGGUCCAUGACUAAAACAGCAUUCCAUCUUUUUCUGGGGUCCACCAGUCAAGAAAGAGAAGUAUUUUCACUUCUCAUUUGAUUUUUAAUGAAACCUCCUUAAUGUUUUGUUUUUUUUGUUGUUUAUACUAUCUAUUUGUGUUCUAUUUGUGUAAUGAAGACAUUGUGUUCAUCCUGAUUAUCCUGUCUGUCCAUGUUGCUUUAACAGUUAUUGUGAAUCUUAUGUUUUCUAUCAAAGGAACCACAAAGAACCUAAGGAAAGAAUGUUCAGUUUUACAGAAGCACUUAAGCACAAAGAUAAUCUAAAUGGAACAUUAAAGAUUUAAAUAGUGGAUACUCUUUCUGCCGUUUAAUAUGAGCUUAGUAACGCAGACUUUUCUCAGAACUGGCGCUAAGACCAUAUGUAUGAAGAAUAGACUGAUUUAAACACUUUAUUGAACCAAACAGUUCUUUCUCUAUUAUAUUUUAGCCUGUGGUUUUUCAACCUUCAAAUGUGAUAAACUCUAUUUAUGAAUGUCAACUGCAGAAGAACACUGUUUUGUCACAGAAGCAGAAUGUAUGAAAACCAAAGAGUAGCAUUCCAUCCGUUAUUUUGACCGUUAUCUGCACUUGACCUAUAUCUUGUGUGAAUUGUUCAUCAUAGCUUAUAUUCAGAUAUAGCCAGAUUUUUUGCACAAUAAUGGACAAUUGACAUUUCAUGGACUUCCUAAUGUAUUCUAUCAGUUAUUGUUAACUGUUGCUUUGUCUUGAACCACAUUGGUCAUUUGAUAUUUUGACACCGUUUACAAUAAAUAUUUAAAAAAAAAAAACUUUUUAUGAGAAGAAUUGAAUAAGAUUUUAAAGAUUUCAGAUUGGUUCAAAUUUAAGGAUUGGUUUAAUCUUUAAACAGAUUUCUACCCUCUUAUUUUAUUUUUUAUUUUUUUUUUAUCAGUUUUGCUCCAGGCCUGACACAUGUCUGAGCUGGCUGUGCGUUCAUAUCGCUCGGUACCACUGAGAAGAUCCAGCACAGAUUCUCUGAUAAAGACUGACUCACAAGACCCAUUUCUGUCAUCCAUGCUCUCUCUGUGUCUCACUCCCUCACGUCUUUAGCCUGUAGCCUAUAUUUGGCAUGCCCCCAGUCUGUUUCAAAUGGCAGUUCUAGUGAGUUGGUACAUAAAGAUAGCUUUUAUCAGAACAAUAUUAAAAUUAUAUUUGUCAAUAUAAAACAUACUUAUUAUGAAAUCCAAUGAAGUCAGUUUUAAGGUUAUUAUCACAACUGCAAGUUUGUGCCCAAAGUAGUAUACAGUAGUUACACUAGAGUCUUUGAAGCUGUUUAAUAUUCACCAUUAAUACUGUGAGCCUUUUAGUUGCCACAAAGCCUUUCACUGAGUAGCGCUAAUUAUACUUUGUUAUUAGACAAUGCACAGUGCACCUGUAAUUGGAUUUUAAUUGGCUUAGAUCCUCAUGCUGUACAAAAUUAUAGGUCUGUUCACCUUUCAAACAAACAAUGCCUGUUCUUGUUUUA